AUGUACGUCCAGCAGCUGUUGGUGGUUAAAGAAGAGGUUCCCCCUGAGCAGCAGGACCCAGAGCCCCCACACAUUAAAGAGGAACAGGAGGAACUUUGGACCAGUCAGGAGGGAGAGCAGCUUCAAGGGCUGGAGGAGGCUGAUAUCACCAAGUUCACAUUCACUCCUGUCCCUGUGAAGAGUGAAGAUGAUGAAGAGGAACCUCAGUCCUCACAGCUUCAUCAAAGACUAACUGAACAGAUGGAAACCGAAACUGAUGGAGAGGACUGUGGAGGACCAGAACCAGCAAGGAACUCAGAUCUAUAUAGAUAUUUACAAGACAAAACUGGAGACUCUUCUGAACCUGAGACUGAUGACAGUGAGGAUUGGAAGGAAACCAGAGAACCUCAGUCAGAUUUAAACUCUCUGAAUAAUGAUGAAGUUCCUGUUGUUGAUUCCGGAUGUAGUGCUGGUGAGAAACCAUUUAGCUGCUCUGAGUGUGAUAAAAGAUUUGGCACCAAGGGAAGUCUGAAGAGACACAUGAUAUGUCAUACAGGUGAGAAACCUUUCAGCUGCUCAGUUUGUAUGAAAUCUUUUACACAGAAUGGAAAUCUUAAGAAACACAUGAGAAUCCACACAGGAGAGAGACCUUUUAGCUGCUCAGUUUGUGGAAAAGCUUUCAUUUUGAGUCAAUAUCUGAAGAUACACAUGCGAUUUCAUUCGGGAGAAAAACCUUUCAGCUGCUCAGUCUGUGGUAAAGCUUUCAUUUUAAGUGGACAUCUGAAGAUACACAUGAGAUUUCAUACAGGAGAAAAACCUUUCAGCUGCUCAGUUUGUAAGAAAUCUUUUAUACAGAGUGGAGAUUUACAGUUACACAUGAGAAUCCACACGGGAGAGAAACCUUUCAGCUGCUCAGUUUGUAAGAAAUCUUUUAUACGUAGUGGAGAUUUACAGUUACACAUGAGAAUCCACACGGGAGAGAAACCUUUCAGCUGUUCAGUUUGUAAGAAAUCUUUUACGCAGAAAGGAUAUUCACAGUUACACAUGAGAAUCCACACAGGAGAGAAACCUUUCAGCUGCUCAUUUUGUGAUAAAAGAUUUUUGAGGUCGACCCAUCUGAAGAGUCACAUGGUAGUCCACACGGGGGAGAAACGAUUCAGCUGCAGUGUUUGUGAACAAAAAUUCUCUUGGGCUAAACAGGUAAAAAAACAUAAAUGUGUUGGUCGUCAGUCCUCACAGCUUCAUCAGACUCAAACUGAGGAGAACAGAGAGCCAGAGCCUCCAGCUAGCAGCUCUACUGAACAUGAGGAACUCUGGACCAGUCAGGAGGGAGAGCAGCUUCAAGGGCUGAAGGAGGCUGAUGUCAUCAAGUUCCCAUUCUCUCCUGUCUCUGUGAAGAGUGAAGAUGAUGAAGAGGAACCUCAGUCAUCACAGCUUCAAAAAAGACAAACUGAACAGAUGGAAACAGAAGCUGAUGGAGAGUAGAUAUGUCACGGUGAGAAAAUACUCCCACCGCUUAGUAAAUGCCGGUGUUACAGAUUAUGCUGGACAUUUUACAAGAAAAGAUGAUGCUCAAUGUAUUAAGAGCCCUUACUUUGAUAUUUAACGUGGAUGGCUGUUUGUCUGUCUUUUCUUCACCCGCUGUGACGGCUCGUCCUCCGCACGUCUUCAUACCAAAAGUUUACAGAUUGCCUUAUUAAUGUUAUAGUUCGCUAAUAGCAUAGGAUUUAAAUCCGAAAUAUUGCCAAAUAGGCACUUUUGCUGUUCGCUUUGACAUCAAAUCCUCCGCCAUCAUCUUGUCUGUCAACUUUCUCUUGACCCGCGAUAAGUGUGGGAAAUCUGACUCCUGCUACUCUGAGCUGAGUUUUUUUAUAUGAUGAACAUGGGCACUGAUAAGCGAAAAUGGACUAAAUGGGUUUUAUUUCUAUUCACAAAAAAGCAAAACGACAGUGGGGGGCGGUGGGCAAGUAAUGUAAUUUGUGUAUGCCCGAACACCGUCUCACUGAAUGCCGUGGCAAGGCUAAUGGAAAAGACUGUGGAGGACCAGAUCCAGCCAGGAACUCAAACAGGAAGUGGUGCUUAAGAGAGGAAGUAAAUGUAUUGAUCGGAGCAUUUGAAUAUUUGAUGUUUUGUUUACUUGUUUAUUUGACUUGUUUGCUGUAGUUUGUUUAUCUGCUGAUGAGUUGAUGUUUUUACAGAUUGAUCUGAUUUGAUAUGAUAAUGUGAUGUACUUUUAUAGGCUUUACAUAUUCUGUAUAUUGAUCUGUUUGGAGCAUAUUUACAACAUAGAAAAGUGGAUAUCCUCCCCUACACUGCCCCUUUUUCUUUUCUCAUUUCUAUAUAAUCAUGAUUGUUUAUUGAAAUGUGGUGAGAUACAAGGAGCCCUCUAUGUACAGAUGUCCACAGGCGGCAGCGCUCUUGUUCAACGUUAAACUGUGUAAUAAAAACAUGAACAUUAACUUUAAUUUGGAAGCAACAAAAACAGAUGAAAUAUUAGAUUUACACUCCGAGACCAAAACUUCUAUCUUCUGUCUGAAACUUAAAGGAAAGGGAAACAAACUACCAUCAUCUUUUUCAAUGUGGUUUAUUGUUUUCUCAGAACUCUGAAAAUGUAAUAAAAUAUUAGUCUUUCUUCAAACUGAGUUGGUUGAAUCUGUAAAAAGCAGCAAGUGUUUCCCAAACUGAAAGGACUUAAUAAAGGCAACACAAG